CUUACCAUAUUGCAGGUCCUCUAUAAGCGGAAGCCGGUGACGAUGCUUCCGGCACCUGCCAAAAUCGACAACAAUACUGAGCUUCGAGUUCUACAACCGAGUACGCUACCCUCAGCCCGAAAAUGUCUUACGGAUCACACCCUAACAGUCACCUCANNGAAAAAGUUCACAGAUGCCGUCAAUGGCAAGUCCAACUUGACCUUCUUCGCCGCUGUCGAUUCAGAGGUAUGCGGACCUGCUAGCAAUAUACAAGACGUUGGACACUCACACAAACACAGNAACAACAGCUCCAGUGACAUUGAUAAGAUCUUUCCUGAUGCUCUUCGUGACCCCAUCUUGAGAAAGGUCCAGUUCUCAGACAUCUCCCGCAUAGAUGAGUUGGUGUCUUUCGUCUUUGAAUUCUUCCCUGGUGAGGAAGUCAGCGUUUCUCUCGACAAUGGUGACCAAUUCGAAGGCGUGAUUCGCGAAAAGGCAAAGUUCCCGCAACUGCUCAACCCUGACGGCUCUAUUCAACGCGCUGCUUUCUCUCGCUACUUUGUCAAGCUCAAUGACGAACGUGGCGAAGAAGCCCUNCUGGACGACAAACACAUCAAGAGAAACCGCAAACUGUUUACCAAGCAAAACCUGAGAUCCUUCUUGAAGAGCUCGAUACAGCGCGACAUGUUCACUGGCGCACCGUGGCUCGUCAAGGAGCAUCUUGCCAGACAAUACAGGCUACCCAUGGAAAUUCCUCCUCAUCUCGCUCAACGCAUGCAAGCAUCACCUCAGCCUGGCAUGCUCCGUCAACCACAAGGCACUUCGAUCUUCAACAAGGUCAAUGGUCGCAAGGGAAAGAACCUCACCAUCGGAGACUUCGAGCAAGAUGGCUCGCUACAGGGAUACACCACUCCGCCACUCAACGGCUCCAAGUUUCCUGGCUAUUCAGCAGCUGCGGUCAAGACAGAGCCCCAGAAGCCUGCUCCUGUGCCCAUCAAAUACCCUAUCGAAGACUUGGACGUUCCUGCGAGGAAGAACGAUCUUGUCCGUCCUGAGUUGAAAUUCAUUGUACCGCAGAGUCCAGUUGAAGGUGAAAUUCGUAUGGAGUAUGUUGGUCCUUUGCUGGAAAUUUGGAACACCCUCAAUGUACACUCGGAGGUACUAAUUCUGGAUGCCUUCACAUUCGACGAUUUCCUGGAAGCAAUCAAGUUCACCUCUGACGAGGUCACAUGCGAGCUGCUUGAAGAAGCACACUGCGCAGUGCUCAAGACCAUUGUUAACGAGGAGGGCACACUUCAAGUCACUCUGCCAGACAUGAUUGAGGACGAGUCUUCUGAUGAAGAGGUAGACGAGAGCGAGCCAGCCACCCCCAUCUUGGAUGCACCUGCACAUGCAACUAGAAGCCGCAUGAGCAACAUCAGCAACAUUGCAGUUGAAGAGUCAAAUGGAAGAUCCAGCAGAACUCCUGCCGAAGGUCGUCACCGCCCGCAUCGUGCCCCCGAACUACUGGCAAGCUAUGGUUGGGUUGAACGUCUUAAGGCUCGCGAUUUUGCUAAUGGAGGCUGGCAAACAAUCAUGGCAGGUUUGCUACAUCAAUUGUCGCUGAACCCUCGUCAAAAGUCAGAAUGCGACAAGGUGUUGUCCAAACUUGUGCCAUUGGACGAAGACCCGAGCCCAGAGAGCGUUCGAAUCAAUUACAUUCGCCUGGAUAUUAACCUUCGCAUUUCAGCAUUGCAACUCAUCACUCUACUUUGUGUUAGCACAAAAACCGUUAGAGGAUAUCUCGAAGAGAUGAGCGACGAACAAACCAAAAUUCGCAAGGAAAAGCUUGAGCAUCAAAAGGCAAAGAAAGAGAGCGUUGCAAAGUUGGGUGACCUCGAGACUCAAAAGAAAAUUUUGCUUCCGGAUAAUCUCCCUGAUUCACCCAAGGAGGAGCAUCCUGAUCCCAUGGAUAUCAGUAUGAGCCAUAUUGACGAGACUGUGGACACAGUAGAUCUGGCUACCUCUGAUGCUGAAGAAGAAGGUGGACGUUCUCUACGACGUGGCAAUGAGCGAAAGCGCAAGCGCGACGAAGAUGCAGCUCGACGCGAAAAGCAGCGCGAGGAGAAGAAGGCAAAGACCAAUCCCAAGCAGUCCAAGGAGUUCACCAAAUUGUUGAAGGAUAUCGACAAGCUGAAGACUGAGAUCUCGAAACGCGAGAAGGAGAUUGCAAUUUGCGAUGAACAACUUCGCGAGGCUAACUGUCAGCGUACCAAAGUACUUGGAAGAGAUCGAUACUGGAAUCGCUACUACUGGUUCGAACGCAAUGGUAUGCCUGUUACUGGACUUACCGAUGGCAGCACCGGUAGUUAUGGUUAUGCGAAUGCGCGUAUCUGGGUUCAAGGACCUGAUGAGAUGGAGCGCUUGGGCUUUAUCGACUUGCCUGAAGAUCUGCAGCGCACCUACAUACAAGAUCACGGACUGUCUGUUCCUGACCGCAAAGCUAAAGAAGAAGGCCCCACGAGUCUGCGAACGGCCAACGAGUGGGGAUACUACGACGAUCCCGAAACUAUUGCCUUGCUACUGAACUGGUUCGAUGAUCGUGGUGUCAGAGAGAAGGCCCUGCGCAAGGAGAUGACUCUCUGGCAAGAACCCAUCACUGGUCAGAUGCGCACUCUCAAGACGCAUCUGGACAGUAUCAACCAGGAGGACGCAGAUGACGAACCUGUCACGCGUGUGUCGACCAGGAAGAAGACUUACGUCGAUAUUGAAGCCUCCAGUCAACGUUGUCUCAGAUGGAGAAACUUGACAGCCAUUGACAAGAAUGGACAUUUGCAUUCCGAACAGCCCAAGCCCAAAGAAAAGAAGGGCAAGAAAGAAGGCAAGGGAGUUGCCAAAGUCAUUGCAAAGGGAAAGCCCACUACCAGACAAGGAACCAAAUACGGGAAGUAG